AUGUCGGCAUCCCCCCAUUCGCGGCGCUUUAAGCGGCUUUUGGUCGCCAAUCGAGGCGAGAUCGCCGUGCGAAUAUUAAAUGCUGCACGGGAACUGCCCGUGCCAGUCGAGACAAUCGCAUUGUACACAGAAGACGAUCGCUCACACUGCGACAUCGGACGCCCGACUUUCCAAGUCCAGCUUCCAUCUGCAUCUUCCUAUCUGGAUUCCUCGGUGAUAAUUGACCUCGCUAGUAAGUUCCAGCCCGACGCAGUGCACCCGGGCUAUGGCUUCCUUAGUGAGAGUGCCGAGUUCGCGCAGAGGUGGGCGGGAAAAGGUGUCAUGGUGAUUGGGCCUGGGCCGGAGAAUCUGAGUCGGACUGGCGACAAGCUGCAAGCAAAACUUCUGGCUCGGCAAUGUGGAGUGCCUGUGUUGGAGGCUAUGAGGCAGCCAACGUCCAAUGUGGAUGAGGCAAGGGCAUUCGCUCGACAAGUUGGAUUCCCCGUUAUGAUUAAAGCUGUCGAUGGAGGCGGUGGGCGAGGAAUUCGUCUGGUUCAUGAAGAGCAUGAGCUGGAUAAUAGUAUUCAGCGAGCCAUUGGCGAGUCGCCGUCGAGGACGGUGUUUGUGGAGAAGGCUGCGGUCGAUGGCUUCCACCAUGUCGAGGUCCAGGUGAUUGGCGACGGGACCGGCCAGGUUCAACAUUUUUGGGAGCGAGAUUGUAGUGUGCAGCGUCGAUUCCAGAAAGUGGUGGAAUGUGCACCUGCCCUGAUGAAUGAUAGAAGGCUGGUGUCGAAGGUCAUUGAUGCGGCACUGAGAAUGGCGAGUGAGAUUCGAUAUCGCUCACUGGGGACGUUUGAAUUUCUGGUAAGCGAGCAUAAGGGAGAGUUUUAUUUCCUGGAAAUCAAUCCACGCCUUCAGGUCGAGCACACGAUUACAGAAUCCAUCACCGGGAUCGACCUGGUGCAAACUCAGCUGCUGCUCGCUCAAGGAUGGACAUUUGAGGAGCUUGGUCUGGGCUCCAAGUUCAAUGCAAGGGCAACUCCGCCAAAAAUCUUUUCGAUUCAGCUACGGCUGUGCGCCGAAGAUCCAAGCAACAACUUUGCCCUGAGUAUUGGCAAGGUCACGGAAUUCUUUGUGCCAAGCGGAAAUGGAAUUCGUGUCGACACUCAUAUUGAUUCCUCUGGUACAUCUCCUCUGGUGGUCGGAUCGAAUUUCGAUAAUCUUCUCGCCAAGAUCAUUGUUACUGCUUCAAGCUGGGAGGCGACUGUCCGAAAAGCCCAGCGAGUCUUGGCUGACUCCCGGAUCUCGGGCGUCAAGACGAACAUUAACCUUCUCCGAGGGAUUGUCUCGAACCCUGAUUUCCUGACUGGUCGUGUCGACACACAGUGGCUGAGUCUCAAGCUGGACGAAGUCUAUCGGCAUGGUGAGCUGAUGGAAGCUGGCGAGCGCGCAGAGAGAUUGAUCUCUAGCACCGCUUUUCAGCAGUCGAUGUCUCAGAGUGGACUUCCUACCUCCAACCUGCUAUUCCGCAAAGGCGACGCAUGGUCCAUUUCAUUAGAGUCCCUCGAAAAAGGCAAAGCAUCCGAAAAAGUAUCCCACCAUAUGCGUCUCUCUCGCGUACUACGAAACGACUUCCCAACCUCACUAUCCGCGGAAAUCGAGUACACAACGCCGACCUCGCAGACCCCAAUACCCUACCGGAUGCAGCUUGACACAACCUCGACCGCGGCGUCGGCGCUUGUCUCUUCCACGCACCGACGAGGAGACCCCAAGAAUCCGCGACACAUUGUCCUCCCGCUAUCGGGGAAAUUGAUUGAGAUACUCGUUUCUGAUGGGGAGGCUGUUGCCGAGAAUCAGGUGCUGGCCUUUGUCAAACAGAUGAAGAUGGAGCUGGAGGUCCGGAGUCCUCGAGCUGGCACGGUGAAAUGGGUGUAUCAGAUGGAGGAAGACGAAGAAGAUGUAGCGGAGGGAAUGUUGUUGGUGGAAUUGGAUGAGCAGAGUCGGAUUCGAGAGAAGCUGUGA